AAUGGUUCAUUGAAUUGUAAUGUUUUAGUAUUCCAAUUAUUUCAAUUUUUAUUUAAAUUUUUAUUUCUUUUUUUUGGGGGGGUAUAUUGUACAUUUGAAUUUUUUUCAACCUGGAUUUUAGAUUUUAUUUUUGUUUGGUAAUUAAAGGUUUUAUUUUGGCAACAACAAAAAGACAAAUAAAUGUGCAUAUAUAAUUAAUUGGUGUGUAUAAAACCCUAGAAAUGCAUAUGUUAUUAAUAAUAGUUUGAAAUGUAAAUAAAAUAAUAAAAAUACAUAAAAUAAUGUAUAAUACGUACUGUACAAUUCUCAUACAGUGGGGCAAAUAAGUAUUUAGUCUACCACCAAUUGUGCAAGUUCUACUUGAAAAGAUUAGCGAGGCCUGUAAUUGUCAACAUGGGUAAACCUCAACCAUGAGAGACAGAAUUUGGGGGAAAAAACAGAAAAUCACAUUGUUUGAUUUUUAAAGAAUUUAUUUCCAAAUUAAAAUGGAAAAUAAGUACUUGGUCACCUACAAACAAGCAAGAUUUCUGGCUGUCAAAGAGGUCUAACUUCUAACGAGGCUCCACUCGUUACCUGUAUUAAUGGCACCUGUUUUAACUCAUUAUCAGUAUAAAAGACACCUGUCCACAAUCUCAGUAAGUCACACUCCAAACUCCACUAUGGCCAAGACCAAAGAGCUGUCGAAGGACACCAGAGACAAAAUUGUUGACCUGCACCAGGCGGGGAGGACUGAAUCUGCAUAAGGUCUCCAUGCAAGAUGUCACCCCGUGGUGUCAAAAUGAUAACAAGAACGCGAGAGGGCGAGGAAGGCCAUGCAGCUUCUGUGCGAGGUGACCAGUCAACUCUUGAUCAGCGACGCUCGGUCGGCCUGUGCCAGCGAGCUGCUCCGGCAGGAGGCGGUCACGCUGUGCGUCAACGUGACCCGGCGCCAGCCCUUACCCGAGGCGCCGAUCGCCGGCCUACGCGUGGCCGUGAGCGACCGCCCCGACGAGGACCUCUACCUGCAUUUGGAGGCCUGCGUCGACACCAUCCGCGCCGAGGUCCGAAACGGCGGCCGCUGCCUGGUCUACUGCAAGAACGGACGAAGCCGCUCGGCCGCCGUCUGCGCCGCGUACCUCAUGAAGCAUCGCCGGUUACCGUUGGCCGACGCGCUCCAGAAAGUGAAGGCCGCCCGCCCCGUGAUCGCUCCCAAUGCCGGUUUCUUGGAACAGCUGCAGCGAUACGAAGACGAUCUAAGGAAAAGGCUACAUUCACCAUCGCCCCACAGAAGAACCACACCUGACGGGCCCACCUCUGCUCUGCAAAAUUCAUUGAGUUGAUGAGAACUUGGACCUGUGUCAGUUUUUCCGAGCAGGAACACUUGGACCGUAAUAAACACUCCGGAACGCAGAAUGUGUCCCCUCCCUUAUUUUAUGAUCUCAUGAAGGUUGUGGCAAAUACAGAGUCACACACUAAGGCUGCGUUCAGACUGCAGGCAUAUCUGGUUCCAAUCUGUUUUGUCCUUAAUUCCGAUUUUUAGGGCUAUUUUUUUAGCAAGUGUCCAAAUCGGAAUUGGACCCAUUUUGGCCCACAUUAUCGACCCAUCUGACAAAUUUGCUGUGGCAACGAAGGCGUCAUCCAUUGUAGUGUUUGACGUCAUAAAAACAACCGCAACAUGAAUCAUGCGAGAAACAGCCUCGAAUUACGAAGUAAAAUUUGACUCAUCCAUCUCGAUACAUGACGAAAUGCUCGAGAUGAAACGAUUCAUGACAGCGUUCCAGUUUCAUUGUUUUCCCGUAAGACGGCAGCACUUUAGAUUUCGUUGCGAGGGAAAUCAUCAUGUGUUCUAAGAAGGUUAAUUACACUGCUGGCCAAAAGUAUCGGCAGCCCUACAAUUC